AGGCCGCGGUGUCAACCCAGAGGAUGGAUCCAUCUGGCAGACCAGCAGCUAGGAGAGACCUGUUCUGUGGGAAGGGGGAAGGACAGAUUUGCUGUGCUUGCAGCAGCUUGUAUGAAAUGUCUAUUGCAUGCCUUCGAUACACGCUCCUAAUCAGUUUACGAGCUUUCCUUGACCUACGCUUCUCUUCCUAAUGCUGAUCCGACUAUGGCUGUCCUCAAAGUAAAAUUCACCAAAACUAAGAGGGACAAAUUGGCUCAGAUCUUAUGGAUCCUCAACUGGGUUUCUGUGGUGAGCGGGAUCAUUCUCUUCAGUCUUGGCCUCUUUCUGAAAAUAGAGAUCAAGAAGCGCAACGAAGUGAUGGCAAAAGGGGAUGUUAACUCUGUCCCCAACAUGCUGAUCUCCGUAGGAGUCAUAGCAUGUAUCAUCAACUUUCUGGGUGGCAAAAUCUGCUAUGACUGCUCAGAUGCCAACAAGUUCUCUCGAUGGAAACUAGUUAUGCUCCCAUACGUCGUAUGUACCUUCUGUUUUACCUUCUGUAUCCUGGUGGGUGCUCUCAUGUGCUAUACCAUGAGGAACGAGCUGGAAGAGUCUCUCUAUCUGGGAUUGAGGGAUGCUGUUAAGUUCUAUAAGGACACGGACAUACCUGGACGAUGUUUCUUAAAGAAAACAGUAGAUUUGUUACAAAUUGGAUUCCAAUGCUGUGGAAACAAUGGCUUUAGAGACUGGUUUGAAAUUCAGUGGGUAUCUGCUCGUUAUCUGAAUAUGGCUUCCAAGGAAGUUCUGGACCGUCUAAAGAGCAACGUUGAUGGAAAGUUCUUGGUGGAUGGAGUACCCUUCAGCUGCUGCAACCCAAGCUCCCCACGGCCCUGUAUCCAGUACCAGCUGACAAACAACAGCGCUCACUACAACUACGAUUUUCUGACAGAGGAGCUCAAUAUCUGGGUGAAGGGGUGCAGAGAGGCCCUGCUGGAUUACUACACAGCUAUUAUGAGAUCCAUUGGUAUCACAGCAUUGUUUAUUUGGUUGUUUGAGCUCUCUGUACUUAUUGGUGUCCAGUACCUACAAACAGCAAUGAAGAAUGUCCUUCUGCUAGGAGAUUUGGAGGGCGAAUCAGAUGGUUGGUUACUAGAAAACAGCUUUGUGGAAACUGCCAAAUACAACAUCAAUAUCAUUAAGAACCUCGGCAAAGCCAAUCACAUCUCUACUGUCUCAGGCAUGAAUGACCCCAACAUUGAUGUUCAAAACACAAACUGUGGCAAACCCAAUGUUACAACAAAAUCUAUGCCGGCAGCUAGCUAG